AUGAUCCAACAGAAGAAGCUUAAGAAUAUGAUCCAACAGAAGAAGCUUAAGAAUAUGAUCCAACAGAAGAAGCUUAAGAAUAUGAUCCAACAGAAGAAGCUUAAGAAUAUGAUCCAACAGAAGAAGCUUAAGAAUAUGAUCCAACAGAAGAAGCUUAAGAAUAUGAUCCAACAGAAGAAGCUUAAGAAUAUGAUCCAACAGAAGAAGCUUAAGAAUAUGAUCCAACAGAAGAAGCUUAAGAAUAUGAUCCAACAGAGGAAGCUUAAGAAUAUGAUCCAACAGAAGAAGCUUAAGAAUAUGAUCCAACAGAAGAAGCUUAAGAAUAUGAUCCAACAGAAGAAGCUUAAGAAUAUGAUCCAACAGAAGAAGCUUAAGAAUAUGAUCCAACAGAAGAAGCUUAAGAAUAUGAUCCAACAGAAGAAGCUUAAGAAUAUGAUCCAACAGAAGAAGCUUAAGAAAUGA